GAGACACUAUAUCUGUUCAUAACUGCAGUCUUCAUUCUCAUCAUCUUAGGGAAUUUGACCAUAAUAAUUUCCAUCUCAUAUUUCAAGCAGCUUCAUUCUCCGACCAGUUUCCUCAUCUUAUCCAUGGCAGAUUUCCUGCUGGGCUUUGCCAUUAUACCCUACAGCAUGGUGAGGUCUAUAGAGAAAUGCUGGUUUUUUGGAAUUAUAUUCUGCAAAGUUCAUUACAGUUUUGACUUGAUGCUCUGUUUAGCUUCCAUUUUCCAUCUUUGUUCCAUUGCCAUGGAUCGGUUUUAUCCAGUCUGCCAUCCUCUGCAUUACACCAGCACCAUGACUGUCACAACCAUAAAACAAAUUGUAGCAGUCUGCUGGUCAGUGCCUGCUGCUUUUGCUUUUGGUGUGGUUUUCUCAGAAGUUUAUGCUUCUGAAAUUGAGGGCUAUGAAAAGCUAGUUAAAUGCUUGUGCCCUAUUGUGUUCAACAAACUGUGGGGGGCUUUUCUAUUUACAGUUGGUUUCUCUGCUCCUGCUUGCAUUAUGAUAGGAAUUUAUGUUAAAAUGUUUACAGUCUCCCAAAAGCAAGUCAGGAUGAUAAACAACAUGAGUAGGAGUAUUGCGUCUCAGCUACACAUAGAGGCAUCCAAGAACAAAAGGAAACCAGCAAAGACUCUUUGGGUAGAUGUAAGAGUCCAUCUUUUGUGUUGGUUGCCCUUUUCUAUUGACACCAUCGCAGACAGACUUCUGGAUUUCAUUACUCCUCCAGCUCUGUUGGUCCUAAUUUGAUUUGCUUACUUUAGUUCGGUCUGCACUCCUAUAUUGUGCAUCUAUGUAUUUUCCUACCAUUGGUUCAGGAAAGCAGUGAAACUUGGCUGCCCCUCUCCCCCCGGACGCCCCCGGGCCCUGCAGCAGCGGGGUCCCCUCGGAGGCCCGAGCGGCGCCACGCCCGCUCCUGCCCCGGCCCGCCCUGCUCUGGCACCGGCCGGGCAGGGCCGUACCUCCCUUCGCCGUCACGGCGGGGCGGGCCGGGCCGGGCCGGGUCCUUCCCGCCCCUCCACGCCCUGCAGCCGCCACCGCCCCCGCCGCGCCCCUGCGAGCGGGUUCGCCGGGGCCGGGUAA